AGAGGCGGCGGCGUGGGUAUAUAAGGCGCGCGGGAGGCGGGGGCUCCGCGCAGUGCAGCUCGUGAGGAGUUACGGAGGUGCGGGUUCUUUCGGCGAACGGUCGUGCAGCUGGUGAUUUCACACCACGGUUAAGAUGCCAGAGGAAGUUCAGACACAGGAUCAACCAAUGGAGGAGGAAGUGGAGACCUUUGCCUUCCAGGCAGAAAUUGCUCAAUUGAUGUCUCUGAUUAUCAAUACCUUUUACUCCAACAAGGAAAUUUUUCUCAGGGAGUUGAUCUCUAAUUCUUCUGAUGCUCUUGACAAAAUCCGGUAUGAAAGUUUGACAGACCCAAGCAAAUUGGAUUCUGGAAAGGAGUUGAAGAUAAAUCUUAUUCCUAACAAACAAGACCGUACGCUGACCCUUGUGGAUACUGGCAUUGGGAUGACCAAAGCUGACUUAAUAAAUAACCUGGGUACCAUUGCCAAGUCUGGCACCAAGGCUUUUAUGGAGGCCUUGCAGGCUGGAGCAGAUAUUUCUAUGAUUGGCCAAUUUGGUGUUGGCUUCUAUUCUGCAUACUUGGUGGCUGAGAAAGUGACAGUGAUUGCCAAACACAAUGAUGAUGAACAGUAUGCCUGGGAAUCUUCAGCUGGUGGAUCGUUCACAGUCAGAUUGGACAAUGGUGAGCCUCUAGGUCGUGGUACGAAGGUUAUUUUGCAUCUGAAAGAAGACCAGACUGAAUACUUGGAAGAAAGACGAAUUAAGGAAAUAGUCAAGAAACAUUCCCAGUUCAUUGGCUAUCCGAUAACAUUGUUUGUAGAAAAGGAGCGUGACAAAGAGGUGAGUGAUGAUGAGGCAGAAGAGAAAGAAGAGGAGAAGGAAGAGAAAGAAGAAAAGCCUGAAGAUAAACCAGAGAUUGAAGAUGUUGGUUCUGAUGAGGAAGAAGAAAAGAAGGAUGGUGACAAGAAAAAGAAGAAGAAAAUCAAGGAGAAGUAUAUUGACCAAGAAGAGCUGAACAAGACCAAACCAAUUUGGACCAGAAACCCAGAUGAUAUUACUAAUGAGGAAUAUGGUGAAUUCUACAAGAGUCUGACUAAUGACUGGGAAGAUCACUUAGCAGUCAAACACUUCUCUGUGGAAGGACAGCUUGAGUUCAGGGCACUUUUGUUUGUCCCAAGGCGUGCACCUUUUGACUUAUUUGAAAACAGAAAGAAAAAGAAUAACAUCAAGUUAUAUGUACGCAGAGUUUUUAUCAUGGAUAAUUGUGAAGAGUUAAUCCCUGAAUACUUGAAUUUCAUGAGAGGUGUUGUUGAUUCAGAAGACUUGCCUCUGAACAUCUCACGUGAAAUGCUUCAGCAGAGCAAAAUCCUGAAAGUGAUUCGAAAGAAUUUGGUCAAGAAAUGUUUAGAACUGUUCACUGAGCUGGCAGAAGAUAAAGAAAACUACAAGAAGUUCUAUGAGCAGUUUUCGAAAAAUAUUAAGCUUGGCAUUCAUGAAGAUUCCCAAAAUCGCAAGAAAUUGUCAGAGUUAUUAAGAUACUAUACUUCUGCCUCUGGAGAUGAGAUGGUAUCACUAAAGGAUUACUGCACUCGGAUGAAGGAAAAUCAGAAGCAUGUGUACUACAUUACUGGUGAAACAAAAGAUCAGGUGGCCAAUUCUGCAUUUGUGGAGCGACUUCGUAAACAUGGGCUGGAAGUAAUCUAUAUGAUUGAACCUAUUGAUGAAUAUUGUGUACAACAGUUGAAAGAAUUUGAGGGGAAGACUUUGGUGUCAGUAACAAAAGAAGGUCUGGAGCUUCCUGAAGAUGAAGAAGAGAAAAAGAAACAGGAGGAGAAGAAAGCCAAGUUUGAAAGUCUCUGCAAGAUCAUGAAAGAUAUUCUUGAAAAGAAAGUAGAGAAGGUUGUAGUUUCCAACAGACUGGUUACUUCUCCAUGCUGCAUUGUAACCAGUACAUAUGGCUGGACUGCAAACAUGGAGAGGAUCAUGAAAGCUCAGGCUCUCAGGGACAACUCCACAAUGGGUUACAUGGCUGCAAAGAAACAUUUGGAGAUAAAUCCUGACCACUCUAUCGUUGAAACACUGAGACAGAAAGCCGAAGCAGACAAGAAUGACAAGUCGGUGAAGGAUCUGGUCAUUCUUCUGUACGAGACCGCACUUUUGUCUUCUGGCUUCAGUCUAGAGGACCCUCAGACACAUGCCAACCGCAUCUAUAGAAUGAUAAAACUUGGUUUGGGCAUAGAUGAAGAUGAUGCUACUACAGAGGAAACAAGCCCAGCAGUUACUGAAGAGAUGCCACCACUGGAAGGAGAUGAUGACACUUCACGUAUGGAAGAAGUGGAUUAAAUACUCAAUUAUCUGAAAGAAAUGUGGAUAUUCCCUUUGUCCUUGGCUUUGAAUAAGUUAUGUUUGUAUAUUAUGAAUGUUAACCUGCUGAAAAAUUCAUUACACUUGUCUGCAUUCCCUCUUUAUAUUUAUUUUUUGAAGAUGUUAUUCUUUUAUUUUUGUUAACAUUUGCUUUUUUAGGUAAUGUGGGAUGCCAUUGAGGGAAUGUCCUUUCUUGAUAUAUAACCCUGUACAUUGGCAAAUAAAUAUUAUCUGGGUAGUUUAUGGCAGGAUUUUGUGCUGGUGGACAGAAAAAGGGAGUAGGUGGGAAAUCCAGUUCUGCAAAUGUUAUGGUUAAAUCUCUGAAGUUACACAAUUGAACACCUGUAUCAUACAGUACCUGGUAACUAGGUAUUUGGAACUGAAUACUGUGGAAUAUUUACAUCAGAAUUCCAACCUGUUGAUGUUUAGUUUUUUUAUACUGUAAAAAAAAAGAUUCUAAAUUCCACACUUAACAUAGAAUAGAAUCUACUGUAAAUCUAUUGUGUCUAAUGCAGUUUUUGCAUGUAUGGUUCUACUCUGGAACUAUCUAAAAAUAAAAGUGU